AUGGAAAUUGAUCCAGAGUUUGAAAAAUUGCCCUCCUUUGAUUUCGUUCAGUCAUCAGAUCUAGUCAAGCUAGAUUUUUUGUCACGUCAAAACUUGGAGAUACUGCUGUCCGUUGAAGAAGACGAGAAUAUCAUUCACGGUGUCAAGCGAGAGAUUAAAGGUGGAGCCCAAUUUCAACCAUCAGUACCCAUUCCACACCCAGCAAACCUGCUAGCGGCUACUGCUGCUACUCCUGAAGUAAAGACCCCUAGUAGUAAGACUACUUUCUCUAGUAUCAAACUAGUGCCCUACCAUCCUAGACUAAAGACGGAAAGGCUUGGCCGUCCUCGCAAGCAUAUCGCUACAAGUACAAGAACUACUCCACUAGAAACUUCAUCGUCGCAAAACUAUAACGAGUCAAUAAUGUCUAGGUUUCGUUUUGAUCAACAGCCUCUUGAAGGGCCUGGAUGUAGAGGUGGGAAGGGUGUUUCCAAAGUACCUCGUGGCCGAAUAACCCUGGCUUCAAUCAGGAACAAGCAACAAUCCAUACUCAAUUUUGCUCCAAUAAAGAAAUCACCACCACCACCACCACAACAACCAGCAACAACAACAACAACUACGAAUGAAUUGACCAAUUCAGGGAAAAAUACCCAAGAAAAUGAUGUAUUGCUGCUAAGCCCUGAACUGGCAGAAACCCACACCAACGAAAUUAAGCCGCUUAAACUUGUAUUGAAGCUUCCCAAAGCAACUUCGUCAUUGGCACUGCUGCUGCCGCUGCAGCAGCAACUGCAACUGCAACUGCUACAACACCCCGAGGUUCUUCAAUCGGAAAAGAAAGACGGCCACACAAAUCGCUUUUCACCGCAUUUAAUCCGCAAACCUGAGUCUGCCGAGGCUUCAAAAAGAGGCGGUAUGAAAGCAUUACCCUCACCACUAGUACCCAUAAGCUUUAUGAGAGACUCAUUUGCAGCCAACGAUAUUGAAAGCGAAAGUGAUUUUAACCUACUAGCCUUGGGAUACCCUGUUAGAAAAUCAUCAUUUGCCCAAGAUAUUAUAUUCAUAAUUGCCUACUUGAACAAAUUCAAGGACCUCAUUCCCAUGGCACUGAAUUUGGGUCCCAAAGAUUUUGAAGAGGGUCUUGGCCUUGUUGCAGUUAGCAAUGGCCAUGAUGGAGUUGAGAAUGGAUUAGAAAAUCUAGAAUACAAUAAUAAUUAUAUCUCCAGAGAAAUGAAUGAUUUAUUCAAUAAAUUGUUAACUUUGGUGCUAAAUAGGAAAAAAGCAGUUCAGAGUACAACCAGUGCCAUAAUGGAGCUAAAACCACAGACUAAUAAAUUAAGAAUGCCCAUUGAAUGGAAAACUUUCCGUUGCGCAGAAUCUGAAGUCUACCAUCCUGGUUCUCCUGUUGAUUUGGCACACCCAGACAUUUUAAUCGAUAGCUUUCCAAAAGAAUGUGAAUUUGUGACAACAUUUAAUCCUUUUUACACAAGUGAGUUUGAAACAAAAGGUUUAGCAGGAAUACAACGUCCGAUUGACAGAUUGAUAAUGUUAAGAACAUUGGCCCAGUGGUCUUUGUCUACCUCGGAAACGCUUAGGAACUAUAUAGCUCAAAACGUGCAAGCCCAAGAGAUGCCAGGAGAAAAGAACACCUACUAUGCGGCAAGGGUGGUAAUCUGUGGAGCGGAUGAUUGCCAAGAAAUGAAGCUUAAAACGGAGAAACGUUUAUCGAAGAUGAAAUCAACCGAGGAGGAUUUGAAGUACGUUGAUCCCAUGUCUGAUCCUACAUUACACUCUAUGAACUUACGUUUGAUUGAUCAACUUGUAGGUGAUCUUGGCUUUCGUGGUGGUAUGUUUUAUUUAUGUCGCACAGCCGAUGAAAAUACAGGAGGCCUUGCUUCUGUAAAGAAAAUGACAAGCGUUUGGAAAGGUUUGGAGAUAAAUAUAGGGAGUGCGCUCCCGUCUAGCUUCAAGUUGUAUUUACAAGAUGUUUACAAGAUGCUUACAGAAGCAUCGAAUGAGGAAGGAGUUGAAUUUGAUGAGAAAGGCGAGGAAAUGCAUAAAUCAGUAGAAGAAGAAGAAGAGGAGGAGGAAGAGGAGGAGGAGGAAGAGGAGGAGGAGGAGGAGAAGGAGGAGAUGAAAAAAGGACAUUGGUACGAGGUUGCUUCAAAUUGUAAAGAAUUGGGUGAUUUUAUUAAUUAUCUCCAAGACAAAAUCAAUGAGGGCAGAAAUACAUUAAAACCACCAGUGACUUUAAAAGCAGCAUCCAGGUUACAUAAAUACUUAUCAAAUAUGCUUCCCUUGCUACAAAAACAAGAGGAGUUGACGAGUUCUUCCAGACUCAAGAAAAAAAAGGUUGAUUAUAACGAAAGGAGAGCUAUUGAACUAUAUGACGAUGUAUUUGAUAGUUCAGAUAAAUGGAUUAGCAAUAACGGCGCUGAGGAUGAUGAUAAUUACGUCGAUGACCAGGCACAAAUGGACGAUAAAAACGACGAUGAUGAUGAAGAGUAUUUUGAGUGA